CUGUGUCCACAUCUGUGUGAGCAAGCUAUCUGCCUCCAUCUCUCUCGAUCUCUCUCUGUCCUUAGUGUCUCUCUCCUCUUUAUUUCAUUCUAGUUCUAUUUCUUUCAUCUUCUAUCUCUGUUUUUCAUCUUUUAUCUCUGUUUUUCAUCUCCUAUCUCUGUUUUUCAUCUCCUAUCUCUGGUUUUCAUCUAUCUCUGUUAAAUUUAUUUUCUAUCGUUUCUCUCAGUCUUUCUCUCUUUCUCAGUCCUUAAUCUCUUCUGCUUCUUUCUCCCUCCCUCCUUUCCUUUUCUUUGAGGGUAGAGACUGUUGAUCAUUGUGUAGUAGACUGAAGGGUAGAGACUGUUGAUCAUUGUGUCGUAGACUGAAGGGUAGAGACUGUUGAUCAUUGUGUAGUAGACUGAAGGGUAGAGACUGUUGAUCAUUGUGUAGUAGACUGAAGGGUAGAGACUGUUGAUCAUUGUGUCGUAGACUGAAGGGUAGAGACUGUUGAUCAUUGUGUAGUAGACUGAAGGGUAGAGACUGUUGAUCAUUGUGUCGUAGACUGAAGGGUAGAGACUGUUGAUCAUUGUGUAGUAGACUGAAGGGUAGAGACUGUUGAUCAUUGUGUAGUAGACUGAAGGGUAGAGACUGUUGAUCAUUGUGUAGUAGACUGAAGGGUAGAGACUGUUGAUCAUUGUGUAGUAGACUGAAGGGUAGAGACUGUUGAUCAUUGUGUAGUAGACUGAAGGGUAGAGACUGUUGAUCAUUGUGUAGUAGACUGAAGGGUAGAGACUGUUGAUCAUUGUGUAGUAGACUGAAGGGUAGAGACUGUUGAUCAUUGUGUAGUAGACUGAAGGGUAGAGACUGUUGAUCAUUGUGUAGUAGACUGAAGGGUAGAGACUGUUGAUCAUUGUGUAGUAGACUGAAGGGUAGAGACUGUUGAUCAUUGUGUAGUAGACUGAAGGUAGAGACUGUUGAUCAUUGUGUAGUAGACUGAAGGGUAGAGACUGUUGAUCAUUGUGUAGUAGACUGAAGGGUAGAGGCUGUUGAUCAUUGUGUAGUAAGUAGACUGAAGGUAGAGACUGUUGAUCAUUGUGUAGUAGACUGAAGGUUAAGGGCAGAGGAGACAGUUUUAGACCAACUAUCAUUUAGUGGUGGUGGUUGACUUGUGGUUAGGUUAGCAUAGCUGUGGUCGAGGAGCGGUCGGAGAGCGUUCAUGGUCCUGGCUAUGGAGGAUGCCUGUCCCAACGGGGUGGAGGUAGCGGUGGAUUCCCCUCCGGAUGCAGCCGGGACGGGAGAGCAAGGCGAGACAGGAGAUGGGUCGGCUGGGGAGGGGGCGGCUGCUGAGCCCACAGAGGGAGCCGACACAUCAGCAGCGAUGCAGCAGGUGUUGAACAACCUGGGGGAGCUGCCUACCUCCACGGGGGCCAAAGACAUCGACCUCAUCUUCCUCAGAGGCAUCAUGGAGAGUCCCAUUGCCCACGAGCGAUUGGAGGACGUGAGGCUGGAGGCGGUGCAGGACAACAACGUGGAGCUGGUCACAGACAUCCUGGGCGACAUCACCGCCCUCAGCGUCCGCGACGACAGAGCAGCGGAACUCUCCCGAAUCCUCCAGGAGCCCCACUUCCAGUCCCUCCUGGAGGCCCACGACAUGGUAGCCUCUAAGUGCUAUGAGGCUGUGCCCCCAGCAGAGCUGUCCAAUGAGGCGCUGGUGAACAGUGCUCUGAUGCAGGCCGACGCUGUACGCAUGAUCGGCAUCCGGAAGAAGGCUGGAGAACCACUGGGAGUGACGUUCAGAGUGGAGAAGGAGGAGCUGGUCAUCGCUAGGAUCCUCCAUGGAGGAAUGAUUGACAGGCAGGGUCUGCUACACGUGGGUGACAUCAUAAAGGAAGUGAAUGGGCGGGACGUAGGGAACAACCCCACUGAGCUGCAGGAGAUGCUGAAGGACUGCAGCGGAGGAAUCACUCUGAAGAUACUGCCUAGUUAUAGAGAUGCACCUGCCCCACCACAGGUGUACGUGCAACCACACUUUGACUACGAUCCAGCCAAUGACCAUCUGAUCCCGUGUCGAGAGGCGGGGAUUGGCUUCAAGAGGGGGGACCUCCUUCAGAUUGUCAACAGAGAGGACCCCAACUGGUGGCAGGCAUGUCAUGUAGUUGGUGGAGCCACUGGACUGAUCCCCAGUCAGUUUCUGGAGGAGAAGAGGAAAGCCUUCGUCCCACGAGACUUUGACGGCUCAGGGAUCCUGUGUGGUACAAUAACUGGAAAGAAAAAGAAAAAAAUGAUGUACCUAACAGCCAGGAACGCAGAGUUUGAUAGGCACGAGCUGCAGAUCUAUGAGGAGGUGGCCAAGAUGCCCCCGUUCCAGAGGAAGACCUUGGUUCUGAUUGGAGCGCAGGGAGUGGGCCGCCGUAGCCUCAAGAACCGACUGGUGGUCCUCAACCCAACACACUUCGGAACCACCAUCCCCUUCACCUCCCGGCGUCCCCGUGACGAUGAGCUGGACGGUAACUCAUACCAGUUCGUAACACGGACGGAGAUGGAGGCGGACGUGAAGGCGGGCCGUUACCUGGAGCACGGCGAGUACGACGGGAACCUCUACGGAACCAAGAUGGACUCCAUCCACGAGGUGGUGGACACGAGACGAACCUGCAUCCUAGACGUCAACCCACAGGCUCUGAAGGUACUAAAGACAGCAGAGUUCAUGCCGUAUGUGGUGUUCAUCGCAGCACCAGAGUAUGAGACGCUCAAGGCCAUGCACAAAGCUACGGUGGACGCUGGAAUCACCACCAAACAACUCACGGAUGUGGAUCUGAGGAAGACUGUUGAUGAGAGUGCUCGUAUCCAGAGGGCCUACAACCACUACUUCGACCUCAUCAUCACCAACGACAACCUGGAUCGCGCCUUCGAGACGCUACAGGCUGCCGUCGACAAACUCUGCUCCGAACCACAGUGGGUCCCCGUUAACUGGGUCUACUGAACCCCUACCGGACACUGUCUAGCUGGGUCUACUGAACCCCUACCGGACACUGUCUAACUGGGUCUACUGAACCCCUACCGGACACUGUCUAGCUGGGUCUACUGAACCCCAACCGGACACUGUCUAACUGGGUCUACUGAACCCCUACCGGACACUGUCUAACUGGGUCAACUUGACUGUGUGUGUUCAACCACCGAGGCAGGGGAAAGGACAUGAGAAAGGGGGUUGGUAAUCUGUGGUACUCUGAU